UUCUUUUUUCAUUUUAAAUUAUUCACGUCCCUCUCUCCUUCGGCGCCUCUCUCCCCCUGCUUCCCUUCCCAUAAUUCCCAAUCGACUCUCUCCCCCACUUUACUGCCGACAGCCCCGGCACCGGCGACGUCUCCUUUUUCUCCCCAACGACCAUAAAUCUUCUCCCUCCCAGUUAGCGAUAUCUUCCUUUUCCCAUCCCUUGAGUACUACCUUCAAGGAAUUCUUCUGGCGUUCCUGUAUUGAUAAGAGUUCUCAUACUCACACACGUGCAGCAGUAAUUCCCAAUAAGCAAGAGCAACUGUGUCUGAUUGAAGAGCUCCAAGGCAAACAACGGAUAUUCUAACAAGACCGGAUAAGCAUUCAGCUAUAGGAACAGUAAUCCCACAAAGCUGCUCGUGAGUUUUUUUUUUUUUUAAUCACUUGUGCGCUUUGUGUAUUAUUGAAUUGGCACGAUAUUAGCAUUUUUAAUCUUGUUCUUGUAGUUUCCUUGUAUGAGAUUUUGCUCAAUCUCUGGGUUGGUGCAAAUUGUUUUUUUCAUUUGGAUAGAGAGUUAGCUUUUAAAAAACUCGUAUAUGGUGUUUUUUUUGUUUUACCUGAGUUUGACAUCUGGAUAUUGCUGGAUGCGUGCCAUUAUUUGCAACUUUAUUGCCAAACUAAUUGCUUUUGAUAUUUGAGAAGCUAUUUUGUUAUGUUUCUGUUUGGUUUUUUGCUAUUUGUCCUCUCGCCUCCUCUCUCUCUUUUCCUUUUCUUCAGCUAGUGUAACGAAAAUUGACUGGGAGGCUAAUUGUUUGACAUCACAGGCUUAGGUAUUGAUCUGUGCAACUUCUGUGAGUAGUUCAUUCAUUUCUUCUUAUUGAUUUUUCCUUCAGAGUGUUACUGACUUGGUCUUAAAUCUUAAUAUCAAUUAGCAUUACCCAAAUGAACCUUAGUGGCGUCCAUGAUCUGGUUUGUUUUCCUUGAUUAAUGGUUGUGUUAUGAUGAAUUUGUAAUAUAUUUAUUUUGUUUUAGUAUAUCUAAAUUUCCUAAUUCAGAUUUGUUAUUUGGGUAUUGUGCCUUUAUUGUUAAACGGAUUUGGAACUAGUACGGGUAUUAAAAUUAAAAUACUAAACGGGUUUGGAACAUAUUCGAGUCGGAUUUGGAAACUCUCAGUUUCGCGGGUACCCUACCCGUUGCGAUCCCUAGUCUCGGCAAAUUGAGCAAUUGGGCGGUCGAAUGAUUUAAGAGAGAAUGCAUGGGCAUCACUGCAAUAAAACAAUAUCAUAAAUUCAAUAUUAAAGUUUUAAUUAAUAUCACAAGCAGUUUUGUAUAUAUUUACGUUUUCAUGAGUCACAGGUCAUUUUGCCUCAAUUCAGUUCAAUUUCCUUUCUAUUAUUGCCCAGUAACAGCUCAAGUUGCCUAAAAUGGCCCUUAUUCUCAAAUCACAAUAUUAAUAUAAAUGUAGCACGAGAUCUUUCUCCUUGCAAAACACAAACACAAACACAUGGCUCAUCCUCAACAACUGGAAGCUCUCACCAAGGCUUUCUCAUCAGGACUAGGAGUUGAUGAGAAGUCAUUAAUAUCAAUUUUGGGAAAAUCACAUCCUCAACAUAGGACAACACUCAGAAAGUCAAGUCCUCACUUGUUCAUUGAAGAUGAACGCUCAUUUGAACGCUGGGAUGAUCACCGUAUUAAUCUUCUCAGGCAUGAAUUUGCGCGAUUUGAGAAUGCCGUGGUGCUAUGGGCCAUGCAUCCCUGGGAAAGAGAUGCUCGUUUCGUUUACGAGGCCUUGAGGCUUGGUCCACAAUCUUAUGGUGUUAUUGUAGAGAUUGCAUGCACCAGAUCAUCAGAACAACUGUUGGGAGCAAGGAAAGCCUACCAUUCCCUCUAUGAUCACUCCAUUGAAGAGGAUGUUGCCACACAUAUCACUGGCAGUGAGCGCAAGCUGCUGGUAGCACUGAUGAGUGCCUAUAGGUAUGAAGGGCCAAAGGUUAGGGAAGAUGCUGCAAAGUCUGAAGCAAAACUAAUUGCUAAUGCUAUUGAGAAUGGCGAGAAGAAGAAUCCUAUUGAGGAUGAUGAGUUGAUACGAAUACUAACAACAAGAAGCAAGCCCCAUCUCAAGGCUAUUUACAAACACUACAAAGAAGUUUCUGGCAGAAGCAUCAAUGAGGAUCUUGACGCUGCUGACUUGAUCUUAAAGGAGACAGUUGAAUGCUUGUGUACCCCUCACCCAUAUUUCAGCAAGGUAGUAGAUGAGGCAAUGAGAAAGGAAUCGGAUCACAACACUAAAAAGGCAUUAACAAGAGUAAUUGUAAGCAGAGCAGAUGUAGAUAUGAAGGAGAUUAAAGAAGAGUACAAUAGCUUAUAUGGAGUUCCCCUAACCCAGAAAAUUGAAGACAAUGCAAAUGGGAACUAUAAGGAUUUCUUGCUUUCUUUGAUAACAAGAGACGAAUUAUAAGAGAAAUUGAGAGGAAUGAUUUGAUGAAUUUGUUAUUCCUUUACUCUCUGUUUCAUGAAAUGCUGUCUUGUGUUUGUAUCAAUUGAGUUUAAAAAGAAGCCUGAAUAAAUUAAAAUUCUUCUUUCUGCUCUUAAA